CUCGUACGCAAUAUCCCGGGGAGGAUCUAUUCACAGCCAAAGAACGCUAGGGCUGACCAGAGCAAGAGAGGUAUCCAGUACCCAGCAUCGAGGAAUACACCAUUCUUCUACGCCCAACACCACGCCCGAUACAACCUCACAGAACAAAGCCAGCCAGGAUGCGCGAUUCGCAGCUCCAGUCGAACCCAACACAGACCCGUUCCAUGGUCACUCGGUCGGACGCAGACGAGAAGUGCAGCAGCAGUCGAGCAAGAGAGCGCCGGCCGUCUUACCGAAAGCUCGGACACGAUGCCUACCAAACUCAACGUAUAAAGGGUGACAAUGUAUCGUGACUCGGUCACAAAUGUCAUGAGACAGCAACGUGCUGAACGCACCACGGUGAUGGUUGAC